AUGACAACAAACAUGGAAGUCAUCGUAAAAUUUGUGGAAACCUUGCACACUCCUUUUUAUAUAUUUAUCGUGAAAAAUAGCCGCCAUUGAGUCUUUCACGUCUAGACUGCUCGAAUAUGUGAAAGGGGCUUUUAGGCGGGUGGCCGUGUUACCAGGCCGUCACUUGAGAAGGACGUCGAGAAUGGAGGAAGAAGACGCGAACACCCUGACCCUGCCCCCAGACCGGCCGGGCUGGCCAGCGGUCAGGGGGUUCUUGGUGGAGUUGAAAGGUCGCCUCAUGGGUAGAGAUAUUGAUGAACAGGAGACGGGCUGGUACAUGCAAGUGCUGUACACCACCAUACAGUCAGACCGCGUCCCCCCCACCUCGACCACCACCAGCACUACCAGCACCAGGGGGCGCCCACCACCACUGCCACCACCACCACCGUCAUCAUCGGGUGGCCAGGGCGAGGCUGUGAGGUCACAAGUACAGGCCAUGAGGUCACAGGUUCAAGCCAGCGUGAAGAAAAAGCUCAGCCCCACCUGUGUGUGGUACGGGGUGCUCAAGUUCCUGAAAAAAGUGCCGAAGGACGAAGCCAACAAGUUUCUGCACUCCACUCUGCCGCGAAUUAUCGAGAUGGCUUUGAGGAUAGAAGAGCUCCGGCCGGAUAAGUCUUUGCCCGUGUGUAGAGCCCAAGAUGAGAGUACAGUGGUUCUUAGCCGCCAGUUUGUGUGUUCUGUGGUGGCCAGCUUUUUCCUGUGUCUGUUCCCGGAGAGGACCCGAGACAAAACGUCCAAGAUGAACAUCGUCAACUUUACGUCUUUCUUCAAGCACUUGCCUAUCCCGUCCCAAGUAGCCAAGCUGCGCUGUAUCUUGCAUUACUUUGAGUGUGUCAUCGAGAGAGAGAUGAACCUACCGGGGCAGAUUGUCUUUUCCAGAAAGUUUAAGUGA